CAGUCAAGUUAAACGCUCGGACAUCCUGCUGGAGACUCUCACGCUUUUGGCUCUAAACAAGAAGACAAAACUGUGUCCACAGUGACUUUUCUCCGACAGUGGCUCAGAUGUGUGUGGAUGACAUUAGAGGACAGGUCUGCGCUGUGAUAUCAGGAUUAAAUGUUGCCUGUGCUGAUGGUCGCUGCUGCUGCUGUAACACUAAUGACUAAUGUGGUGUCUUAACACACGUCCGCAUUUCACUGAAGCUGCCCGUCAACUUUCUUUAGUUUAGACCGCAAGUCGUCAUGAUGACUCGGAUUUUUUGGGAUACAAUUUUUCUCAUAAGCGGUACUUUUAGUAUGUCUGUGGUACUCAACGGUUCCCUCUUUACAUUUGGAGCAGGGCCGAGCAACUCCACGAUUAUUGAAGCCAGCAUUUCUAUCGAUACAAGCUCCACCGCUGCUACCAGCACCUCAACCAGUAGCUCUGCAGCGACCAGCAGCAGGAGCACAACGGCCACAACUAUUGCAUCUGCUGCAACAACGAGCAUCCCGACAGUUAGAGGUUCCCUCUUUACAUUUGUAGCUGAGCCGAGCAACCCGACAGUUACUGAAGCCAGUGUGUCCAUUGAUACAAACUCCAGCGCUGCUCCAAACACCUCAACAAGCAGCUCUGCAGCACCCAGCAGCAGCAGCAGGAGCACAACUACCACAACUACUGCAGCUGCUACAACAACUAGUGUCCCUCCAGUUAAAAAGUUCGUGGCAGCGGCUGUUCGGUCUCAUUUUGAUGACUGUCCAGACUCCCACCGCCAUUUCUGCUUCCAUGGCACAUGUCGCUUCCUGAUACUGGAGGAGACGCCUGCAUGUGUGUGUCAUCAAGGCUUUGUUGGGAUGAGGUGUGAGCAUGCAGACCUGCUGGCUGUAGUAGCGACUAAUCACAGACAACAGACAGUUGCCACAGUGCUGGUGUUGUGUGUGAUUGGCUGUGUUCUCAUCAUGGUGUUGUGUACACUUUUACAUUGCUGGUGGAGGCAGGACUGUCGCAGGCGGAGCCAUGCACAUCACUACGUCCCAGAGAAGCACGGAUCAUCCUGCCAUCCUUCUGAGAGUGUGGUUUGAGAAGACAUCAUGCUGAAACACAAGCUGUUUGCAUCAUGGCGUGUUUAGUUUUCCUUAUCUGUCUGGCCCACAAAUCCUCAGGAUUUCAUCCAAAGUGGUAUUCACAUGUUCUGAUCACGCAGACCAGCCCAGAGGUGAAGAAGCAUCAUCACCAACCUGGCUGAGGUAGGCCUGCUUGAUGUGGACGGUUAAAUGUUCCAGGACACUUUUUUCCCACUGACUGGGACUUCUGCAGCCGAGGAACAUGUUUACUUGACUCUUUGACUUUAUGGAGAUACACGCAGAACAGUCUGUUUGAAGCUCUGAGGAUGAAGCUGCUGCCAAAUCCUACAUGCGAAGAGCUCCGCGUGUGUCCUGGUUACUGUUUAUGGCUGGCCCUAGAGGACGCGAGAGACGAUCUACGAGGCCAUUAAUCAUCCUGAGUGGAUGUCAGAAAGGAAAGGUGUUUAUUUUGGGCUGUGGGACAACAAUAAUUCAUUUAAGUCAGAAGACCCCAAUUCUUAUUUUUGUCUUUUAAUAACUUUGAGCACUUUUCAUCAGAACUCUACGAGCACAGAGGACAUUUUUAGGAAAUGACGGUGGGGGAAAACUGAUGCUUUAAACAAGUUUUAGUGUCUGUUUUUAAAGAAGGAACUCACUUCACCUGACAGGAGUAGGAAUUGUUGAACAGACUGACUGCUAAUGGAUUAAAAACCCCUGGACUCCAACCAAUAAUUAUACACGCAGAACUUAAAAUGGUUCAAUAUGAUUUUGAUGAUUUAAUGACUCCAGUGUCGCCACUGAAGCUGAAAUAUUUGUCAGUUUUAUUUUUAUUCCUGAGCUGUACUUGAACGUGUUGAUGCAUUAGAGGUGUUUUGAUUUGCAAGCUAUAACUGUACCGACACAUCCUGGGUGGCCACGUUAUUUCACAGUCCUGUUGUGUUGUUGCACUUUCUCUGCAAGCUUGCUCACUGUUCAUAAAAAACUGCACUUAAUGUACACUGUAGUCACUUAAACUAGUGUUCACAUAAUGAGGAGAUGCCAAAUACACUUUCUAACUUUGCCUAAAUGAGCACUCAAGGGAACACGGUGUUUGCACACAUCCACCUAAGCAUGCAUGCUCUUAAAUCACAGCUCGUAUUUUUAAUAAACACAAAACACUUUUAUUUCAAGAGUGGUGUGUUAUAGCAUUGCGCUUGCUUUGAAUUUAAAUACUUUUAAAGAGAGAAACACCUCUGAUGGUUAAUUUAAAAUGAAAAUAUUUAAAGUUUUCUUUAAAAAAAAAAGUAAUAAUAAUAAUAAGUGAGGGAAUACAAAAUAAUGAUUGAAAACUGACUUGCAUACAGACCGAAUCAUGAUGUUUGUUCACAGUAACUUCCGUGUAGAAAACCCAUGAGAAUAGAAUAAAAUGACGUUGCACACACACUGCCUCAGCUGGUUCGUUUUUAGCCACUGAAAGAAGUCCAUCGUCGUCGUCGUCGUCAAAAAAAAAAAAUCAAUAUCAGUUUAAGUGGACGCUAUAUUUAGAAUAUUUUUAUGGAUUUACCUUGCUGUCAGACAGCCCUUUCCGACAGGAAACUGAAGCUGUUAUCUCAUAGUCACCAGGCUCCAUUCGCAAAAGCAGUAAUUUUACCUCGCUGAACAUGGGAGUUGUUGGUCUACUGCUGCCUCGAUCAGUUAGUGCGUAAGAUAAAGCAGUGACAAUAUUACAAAUAUAUUCAUUCAUUUUCCAUAACUGCUUAUCCUGUUAGGGGACGCAGGAGGCUGGAGCCUAUCCCAGCUGACACUGGGUGAGAUGCAGAGUACACCCUGAACAGGUCACCAGACUAUCACAGGGCUGACACAUAGAGACAGACAACCAUUCACACUCACAUUCACAACUACGGGCAAUUUAGAGUCACCAAUUAACCUGCAUGUCUUUGGAUUGUGGGAGGAAGCCGGAGUACACGAUGAAACCCACACUGACACAGUAGAACAUGCAAACUCUGCCCAUUCGAAAUGGGAACCCUCUUGUUGUGAGGCAACAGUGCUAACCACUUUAUCUGUGUGCCGCCAUUUCAAAAAUACAUACGCCAUUCCAAAUACAGCGUACACUUAAACUGAUAUUGAUUUUUUUAAGGUGGCUAAAAUACAUUUUUUGCUGCAGCCCCUGUCCACAGCAGUACAUUAUUUAGCCUCCAGCUGGUAGAUGUGGUUUAUCGACGACGCCAGCAAAGCAACACCGUACAUAAGCACAGCAGAAACGUCAGAUACUUCGGACCAUCGUGUUUAACUAUAAAUGUUAAAACAUCACAGUCAUGGCUGAAAAUGACAACAAAAAUUAAGUUUUCUACUCUGAAGUGAUUGUUGUUGUUACGUCACAGUGAUGCGGUCGAUAAAGUGUGUACACGCUUUGUGUGAUAAGAUGGAACAGAAAACUCUAAAAUGAAUGUGAUGGUAUGUAUAUGCCAAAAAGACUCUUGAGCAGAUAAUACACUUGUCUUUGUUUACAGUAUGUGAUAUUUACAUUCAGAAUAUGUGUGGUUAUUAUGUGUAAAUAUCAAAAAUACAGAAUUAUUAAAUGUAUAUAAACCUUGUUGAUACAAAACAAUCUGAGGAGGAUGAGCUUCUCGUGCAUUAACCCUUUACUUUGUCAGAUUUAUGUUGUCACAGUUGGAGAGCCUCUAUUAUCUGUUUUCCAAUGAAGAAUUAAAAAUGCAAGUGUGUAUGUGUGCGUAUAUUUUAUUUAUGUGCUUAUUAGCUGCUGCUCCGUCUCUUGAGUCUGUUAUCCGGUUCAUCGCGUGACCUUCUUUUCACUUCUGAAGCUCUCUUUCCUUUUCUCUCUCUUCCUCUCUUCAAAUACCCUGAUUUUCUGUCGCUCUGCUCCUCUAUUUUUCUCUUCCACUGAAUAUUUCAACACACAGAAAUGGCAACAUGAAACCCUGAACCCCGGGCACAAUUGAACAAAGAGCUGAACUCUUGAGUGCUUUUAUA